UUCCAGGAGAAUUAUUUCAACACCUACACGUAUGACCAUGCCUAUCUCUACUACAGGUGCAAAAAUGAAGAUCGGCGUUAUCGGAAUGCCCUUCUCGAAAGGACAGCCCAAGGCGGGGACGCAGCUUGCCCCGAAGCUGAUCCGUCAGGCUGGGAUGCUGGAGAAGAUGAGGGAAGCAGGGAACGACGUGAUAGAUCACGGAGAUUUGGCAGUGGUUGACAUCGCCUCUGACGAACCAAUCAAAAACGUUUCAAGACCCAAAAACGUGGGAGCAGCCAACAAGCUGCUGUGUGAGAAUGUGGAGAAGGUCGUGCGACAGAAGCAGGGAUGUCUGGUACUGGGCGGGGAUCACAGCAUCGCCAUGGGUUCUAUCCAGGGCCACAUACAGGCGGAGCCGGACCUCGUGGUGCUGUGGGUGGACGCCCAUGCCGACAUCAACACCCCCCUCACGUCUCCUAGCGGCAACGUGCACGGCAUGCCUCUCUCCUUCAUCGUGAAGGAACUGGAGCCAUACAUGCCCACUAUCCCUGGGUUCGAGUGGGCCAAGCCGUGUUUGGCAGCUAAAGACAUAGCGUACAUCGGCCUACGAGACGUGGACGGUGGAGAGAAGGCGAUAAUUGACAAGUUGGGCAUACACAGUUUCUCCAUGCACGAGGUUGACAAGUUCGGCGUGGCAGCUGUUGUUGAGAGAGCGUUGAAUGCAAUGGAUCCAAGUGGGAUUCGCCCAAUCCACGUGAGCUUUGAUGUCGACGCCAUGGACCCCGACAUCAUCCCUUCCACGGGGACAGCAGUGCCCGGCGGUUUGUCCCUGAGAGAGGCGUACUACAUAGCUGAGGAGGUGGCCGCUACAGGUCGUCUUAGUGUCCUUGACUGUGUGGAAGUUAAUGCGUUGCUUGGCAGCAAAGAAGAACAGCAACGAACCGUAAAGAACACAGUUGAAGUCAUGUCCCGUUUCUAUGGCAGCAAGAGAUGUGGUAAUAUUCCCCGUGGGUAUACUCUACCAGAGCCUUGAGGAACUCUGCUCCACAUCAUCAAAGACUCUGUCAUUCAAGAACAUAUAUCCUCUGUGUUCACACCCACAAUAUGGAAACCACGACUGACACUGAAGCAAGCUCCUUCCCAGUGCGUGACACCUUCGUUACACUCUGGGUAUCAUCGUUGCCGUCAGUGUUGAAGCGACCAUUACACGAAUCUUGAAAUUUGUCCUCUUACCCCAAAUGUAGUCACGUUUGAUAUUUUUGUUUAUGUCUUUGAGUGAGUUUUGGAUUAUAGUCAUAUCGGCAAUAUUUCAGCCAUAUCGUGACUAAAUCAAGUUAUAUAUAUUCAUGAAACACAAAACUGAACUAUAAAACCUGUCGACAAAGGACAGUAAAAUAACUAGAUUAUCACAGACCUAUAUUAAAACUAGCAUGUCAUUAUAAAAUUUGAACUAUUCAUAACAAUACAAAAUAAAAAUGGGCUAUAGAUCACCAACAACCAAAGGUAGGUCACCAUACUAGUUACCAUGGGGACUAACGGUACUUCUGCUACCUAGAGGGUACUCCAGCAGGAUUUACACAACCCUCUGGCUACUUGUGAUUGUUUGAAGGUUAAGCCAACAAUUAAAAUUACAAGUAUACUACGAUUAAAACUAUGGUAGAAAUAAACGUACUUUGAAUGAUGUGGUCUAUGUCUUUGGGAAAGCCACCAUAGUGAAUUUUGAAAACGUUUUGGAUUGUCCAGGUGAAUUGUCAUUUUUGUUUGUUCACUCAGAAUGGUUCGAGUUUUUAAGACUAACGGAAAAUCCCCAACUUAAUACAUUCUUACUAUACCAAUUACAUGAUAGUUAAAAUGAAAUAAAAAUUCAAACUGACGAACAAUGAAAAUAAUUAAGCCGAGGUAAGAGUCACGGCAAUCAUCACCCGUGAAGAUCUGGGUUAGAAUAGGUCUUCAGCAACUCAUGUUUGACAUAUAAGGCGAUUAUGCUUGUCGUAAGAGGCGACUAACGGGAUCGGGUGGUCAGGCUCGCUGAUCUGGUUGAUG